AUGAGGUCUGAAAAGGACCAAAUGACCGCGGGCAAGGAGAAAAGCGUGGUGGAGAUCCAGUUCAGAGACGUCCCGAGGGAGCAGGAGAACAUCCCCGGUAACCUGAAGCAGAAAGAGGAGAAGAAAGAGGUUUUCACCAAGGUGGUGAUCCGAAGGCUUCCACCUAGCCUGUCGAAGGAGCAGCUAGAGGAGCAGCUCAGUCCGCUUCCAUCCUAUGACUAUUUUGAGUUCUUUCCGGCUGAUCAAAGUCUUUAUCCCCACCUGUUCUCCAGAGCGUAUGUCAAUUUCAAAAACCCUGAAGAUAUCCUCCUGUUCAGGGACCGGUUUGAUGGCUACGUCUUCAUUGACAACAAGGGCCAGGAGUAUCCUGCCGUGGUGGAGUUUGCCCCCUUCCAGAAAAUCUCCAAGAAGAAGCUGAAAAAGAAAGAUGCCAAAGCCGGGAGCAUUGAAGAAGACCCAGAGUAUAAACGGUUCUUGGAGAAUUACUCCUGUGAUGAAGAGAAGUCUAUGGCCAACCCAGAGACUCUGCUGGGAGAGAUAGAGGCCAAGACCAGAGAGCUCAUAGCCAAACGGACAACACCACUGUUGGAGUACAUCAAAAAUAAGAAAAUCGAGAAACAAAGGAUAAGAGAGGAGAAGAGGGAGGAGAGGAGGAGGAGGGAGCUGGAGAAGAAACGACAAAGGGAGGAGGAGAAGAGGAAGCGGCGGGAGGAGGAGAGACGCAAACGGAAAGAGGCGGAGAAGCAGAAGAAAUUGUCUGAUAAAGACAUCAAAAUCAAGCUCCUGAAGAAGAGCGACAGGGACGACGACGUGGAUUCAGACCGAAUCAAGGACAAAAGUGAUGUCGGGGAGACGGACAGAUGUAAAUGGGAGAAAGCUGGAGGACAAACGAAGACGAAGGACCCAAAAGAAAAAGGUCAGCCUGAGAGUGACAAGGAGCAGAGAGAGCAGCACGGCCGUAGACAGAGAGAUAAGGAUCACCGUGGGAAGGACGAGGAGAGGAAACGGCAGCGGCACCACUACGAGUUUGACAAGUUCAUGCGCCGCAAAGACGAGACCAAAUGGGGGAAGGGCUACUGCCAGGACCGAGCCAAGAAAGAGGGGCACCAUCAUGGCGGCUACUCCUACUGCCCCGACAGUGGAGACAAACUUGGGAAGGAGGACAGGGAGGACCUGGGUAGCAGGAAGGAACGCCUCCGAAACAAGGUGAGCGAGAAGGACCGUCCGGCCAUGCAGCUCUAUCAGCCAGGAGCACGUAACAGGAAGCGCAUGAGCUCAACUGGCAAAGGCUACGACUGCAUCCCUGUGGGCCACUCCCCCGAACCCGGGACGGAGCAUUGCUAUGAGGCGGCCGCUAUGGCAACGGGCCUGGAGAAGGGGUUUGACAAAAGCAAAGAUGAACAGUGAGCAGACUGGAUGUUUAUAAAAAAGAUAGAAAUAGUCG